AUGGCAUCCAAUGCCUCUGCUCCAUUCGAUCUCCCCCCCCUCCCGGCUUACACGCUGACUCCACGCCCUCCGCUUCUGCCUCCGAUCCCAGAUAACAUCCUGGCCCUCAUCUUGCCUGUCGUCGCCUAUUGGAGCGUGUCCAUGAUCUUCUACUACAUCGAUACCAAGGACUUGUUCCCCCAGUACCGCCUACACACCCCCGCCGAGCUACUCAAGAGGAACCAUGUUUCCCGCCGCGACGUUGUCAGGGACGUCAUUUUGCAGCACAUCAUCCAGACUAUCGCCGGUCUUGUGGUGGCCUAUUUCGACUCUACCGAAUAUACGGGCAAAGAGGAGUAUGACGUUGCUGUCUGGGCUCGCCGCAUCCGCAUCUCCCAGAAGGCUCUCCCUGGCCUUUUGUCUGUAGUCGGAGUCGACGCAAUGGGCUUGGCGAAGAAGCUUGCGCACAAUGGAUUCGUGACGCUUGGGGGAGUGCUGGCUGGUGGCUACUACCCUUCUGCUGUUCAGAAAGUUGCACUUGACAAUGGCGUUGAGACUCUGGUGCCUGCAUUCGCCGACUGGGAACUCACGGUCGCCAGUUUCAUCUACUGGUACUUUAUCCCGGCCCUGCAGUUCACCUGGGGUGUUCUUGUCGUGGAUACUUGGCAAUACUUCUUGCAUCGUGCGAUGCAUCAGAACCGCUGGCUCUAUGCUACUUUCCACUCUCGCCAUCACCGACUCUACGUCCCCUACGCCUUUGGUGCUCUUUAUAACCACCCGUUUGAAGGGUUCCUACUCGACACUGCCGGCACCGGAGUCGCAUUUUUGACUUCGAUGAUGACAAAUCGUCAGAGCAUGUGGUUCUUUACCAUGUCCACUAUCAAAACCGUCGAUGACCACUGCGGCUAUGCCUUCCCCUGGGAUCCUUUGCAGAAGAUUACAUCAAACAAUGCCGCCUACCAUGACAUCCACCACCAGAGCUGGGGCAUCAAGACCAACUUCGCCCAACCAUUCUUCACCUUCUGGGAUAAGCUCCUCGACACUAACUGGAAGGGCGGUGAUGUCAAACUUCGUUAUGCACGUGCCAGGGAUGCAGCCCAAAAGAAGUUGGAUGAAGACGCACCUACUGCAGCGAACACCAAUGGUGUUACGACAAACGGUAAGUCCACUGCCACAGAGUCCAGCAAUUUCAACGGCAACACGAAGCCACAGAAAACGACAACCGCUCUUCCCGAGAACGUCCCUACUCCCAAGAAUUUGGUGACGAACGGUGCGACCAAGGCAUAG